AUGCCUGUAAAUGACCGUCCACGACGUAAGGCCGCAAGAAAGAGUCGCGAAAAAACCAGCAACCUCUUUGCGAAAGCCAGAUUUCGACGCCCCAAACCCAAUGCAGUCAAUGUAUUGCCUGAAGAGCUCUUCGUGUACAUCUUUCAGGACGUCUGUGGCCUCGAGGGCGCGAUCGUCGUGGACCCGUUUGCAUCUGCCCUUGUCCUCGCGAGUGUCUGUCGUCUAUGGCGACAUAUUGCACUUCGAGUACCCAAAAUCUGGAUUUACAUCCACUUGAGGCUUGGUUGGGACAAGGAAAGGUUGACAGAGUUUUGGACGACGCUUCGACCGAGGGCGGGUUUGGUCCCCAUCGUGUUGGUCGUACACGACGACGAUCGUCGAGUCGAGGAUCGGGAGAUGGUAGAAUGUAUCAGUGAAUGGAUGAAGGAUGAGACGCUCUCCAUCCACCUCGUCUCGAUCCUAGUUUCGAAAGCGGCAGUAAAGCCCCUUCCUCUUCCAUUGUAUCUCUCGGCAUUUACGCGACCCGUGGAUGCAGUACGCAUUCAUACUCUACCCAAAAAAGGUCGUUUCCAGUUCGAAGACAUUUGGGGUCUUCCGACGCUGCGCGAGAUACAAAGCACGGUAGAUCUAAUCGAAAUGAUCAACAACCUUCCUCCAACACAGGAGUUCACUGUCGAGGGUCUCCGUUUAGCUGCCGAGGUGGAGCUCGGACCCCACACGCCUCUUGAAAGUCUCGAGGUAUUUUCGAUCCGGUGCACAAUCGAUAACAAUGGUCCAUUCGCACUUUUAUUCGAACGUCCAGUGGAACUCCCACUUCGUUCGAUCCUGGCACGCUGCAAGAAGUUGCAUUCCUUGGAGUUGGAUGGAUAUAUUAGCCCACACGCCGAAGAAGUCGAAGCACGACUCGACUCUCUGGAGAUUCUCCAGCUCUCUGAUUUUGAUCUAGUCCCCGACAUCACUGGACUCAAUUAUUCAGUCAACUUUCCGAGUUUGAAAAAUCUUUCAAUCCAAAAUCCAGGUGAUUGGGACACCCUUCGAAUCUUUCUCGAAGCCAACCCAUCCAUCACAUGCCUGACUGCGCCGUGGUUCUCAGACAUGUCCUUCAUUUGUCGGGGCCUUCCUGGUUUGGAGGAGUGGGAGGUCGAGGACCCGGAGCAACUGGAAAUGCUCUAUACAGGCGAAGACGAUGGACGGACGUGGAAGGUUCCACACCUACGCUCGCUUUCGCUCUCCUUUAUCGAUGUGCCCGUCCAGCUCGAGGAUCUAAAGCAGCUCAUUCAUACCCGUAUGUGGAGAAGGAAUAUACCCGAAUCAGUAGCUACACUCCAGAUGCUUACGGUUCAGGUGGCGCGUCCUCCAAACUCGUUGAUCAACAUUGAAGCCCUGUUCAAGACGGACAUUCAGGAGUUUGCCGUGGUCAACAUGGAUCACCCCACCUUCAUAGAGUUCUUCUGGUCUUCGAAUGAUCGACCGGCCUUGAACUCUUGGGAGAGCUAG